UAUGUUGCUGAUUUGGUGGAUGGACUGGUAGCCCUAAUGGAAGGGGAUCAUGUCGGACCUUUCAACCUGGGCAACCCAGGAGAGUUCACUAUGUUAGAGCUUGCUGAGGUGGUGAAACAAACAAUUGAUUCUAGUGCGACAGUGGAGUUUAAACCAAACACUGCUGACGAUCCACACAUGAGGAAACCAGACAUUACCAAAGCAAAGGAACUGCUGAAUUGGGAGCCAAAAAUUUCACUGAAUGAAGGCCUGCCUCGGAUGGUCACUGAUUUUCAGAAGCGAAUAGACGAGGAAACACAAAGACUUUAAGGAUAAAAUAAAUAGUAGUAUUGGAGCAACUUCUGUUGUACAGAGAGAGUCACCUGCCAAUUGGUUUUGUUGUUUGCCUUUAUAUGUCCUGGUUAAUUUUUGCAAGGGCCGGUCGCAUAAGCGGCCAAAGAGUCGCUUUGGGGCGUCCCUCAUUUUUGAUGACCCUCAUUUUUUAUUUUUCCGGAAUUGAUGCUGUCACAUACAGUGGGAUUAGACCCUGUCUAAAUUUUUAUUGCAGCAACAUUGAGAGGAAUCAAGAAUGAAAUUCACUGAA